AUGGCCACGCAUUCAACGCUCCGUGUCGUUGCACACCUAUGCGUCACCUCUACGUUUCUAGCACUGGCAUUCGAUCCAUUGGGGAUCAAGUAUGAAGUCGCGGAUGCUCAUUUAGUUCGGCGCACGGGGACUUUGGGUGGUGAUACUCCAGCGAUCACUGAGACUGGUGAUUCUGAACGGCCCUAUGAGGUAGACGGAAAUACGUUUACGGACUACGACUCUGCAGCUCAGAGGAGUUGCAACAUCCAAUUCGAUAAUUGCCAGCUAAUUGCCAAUACUGAUAGCUCGGCAUCUUUUACCUUAGAAGAAUGCCAGAGCCAGCAAGAUGAUUGUAUAGCCGAUCCGCCGGCGGUGGCAGAUGGAAGUGUUUCUGUGAACGCUGGCUCAGCUGACUCCGCUGCUGCAACGGAAAUAGACACGGACGCGUCAGAGACUUCAUCAGAUACAGCAGACUCAGACGCGGGCUCAGAAACCGCAGGCUCAAGCACAGGCUCAGCAAGCGCAGACUCAGACAAAGCAGACAUGUACACGCUCGAAUCGGAUGCAGCAGGGUCGGACGCAGAGGACUCUAUCAGUUCAGAGUCAAAUACAGCAACAGUAGCUGUUUCAGACGCAGCAGAGUCGGAGGACGCAAAGACAGAAGGAGCAUCGGAUACAGCGAACUCCAAUACAGCCAGCAUAGACGCGACGGACUCAUCAGACACAUCGGGAGCCGGCGCAGCUGAAUCAAACACGGCUGGAACAGGUACAGCAGAAUCCGUGUCGACUGAGGCGGACAAAACGGCAGCAAACUCUAUUGAGCCAGACUCAACAGACGCAGAGCCGGUGCUAGUAUCUCAGACCACUAUUCCGUACGAUUCGGAGUAUGAUCUAAUCUGCGAUCUUUAA